AUGGCAAAUUUUAGAAAUAUGACGCCUCUACAGAUAUUUUGCGCGAUAUGUCUGUAUUGCCUUAGGGGUAUUGAUGCCUCGGUUUGUGACUUCGGGGGGCCAGAUCAGCUACUUGGUCAGAAUGAUCUAGCUAUAUGCGACAAGUAUGCGGAUUUCUUGAAGUUUGAAACUGUGAUAUGUCCACGCCAUGUCGACGGUACCGAGUAUGCGUGGCAUCCUCAGUCGACGUCGGCGGAUUAUUUUCGGAUUAACACGUAUGUAGGUGUUAAUGGCAAGCUUAGAUCGGUUGCUCAUUCGCAUGUCGUUCGUUCGGAAUCCGGCAAGCGAUUUUUCUGGGUAGAAUCCGACCCGUUGCAAAUGAAGCUGCAUUUCUACAUACCAUACCAUGAAUUCGUUGCUAUUAACGAACGCCGUUUGAUAUUUAUCUGCGGUCCGCGAAAUCUGGUUUUGACUGAUGCGUUGCAGCAACACAUUUAUCAGCUAAGUGCCCUUCAACCAGAGGCACGUCCUCGGAGUUCAACCAUACCUUUGACUGAAGAAAUAGCCAAGACUGGGCAGAGCUUGGGUGUGGUGUUCCUGUACAGAAAAAACAUGCAUCAGCCUCUCCAGGGUUGUGGCAGCCGCCCCUCGCCACUAUUCGCUCCGGAUAAUGAGGUGGAUGUAGAUCCCGAGACUGGUACACGCUCAUGCGUGGCUGAUCCUAUGUCAGAAUCACCUAUUGGGUUCCUGUGCGAAGGCAGAAUUGAGCCUGAAAAUUGCAUGAAGUCCCUCAUUAACCCUAGAGGCAAAGUUGCAACUGCUCCUCGCCCACGUCCCUACUGGGACGUCAAAGGCUACGGGCCUUGGGUUGUAGGCAAAUAUUUUAAUGACUUAGCAUUGCCACCUAUAGAUGGCGAAUGCAAAUGUAAAGACCCCAAAACGGGUCAGGUGAAUGCCAAGAUAAAGAUCAGAUCGAAAACUGACUACAUUUGUGACAUUGCUAGCAAAAUAUUACGUAACCGAUCUCAACCAAUCAGCGGCCCGUGGUGUUCGGUAGUGCUUCAUCCGGGAAGCACACUAACAAUCAAAUUUCCAAUAAAUAAUUCUAAUCUGGAGGCUCCCAAGGAGGGGGAUCCCACUGUCACAUUCUCGCAAAUGAUGUCUCUCCAUGAAUACCAGACUGAAUUUCAGCCAUAUAACUUGAAUACCCUGAGACAAGUGACCUCAGGACAUGACGUUGAUACGUACAACGAAAUCCCGUACCACGACGCUCUUGUCGGUGAUGCUCUCGAGUUGGACCUUUCCCAAAUGCACCGAGGAGAGGUGAUGCUGAAGUACCAUGUAGGCAAAGCUCUCACCUUGAAAAGCGGAUUGAACUCGUUUUAUUAUCAGUGCACAUUUACAUCUAAUAAGCACGUAAUUGAUAGUAUUCGACCCGUAGUCAAUGUCUCUUUCGCAUAUACCCAUCACUACCAGAUGAGAGGUUGCGACCGAGGGGCACAAGCUGUAUUCGAUCCCAAUAGUAACAGGUCAUAUUGUUCUACCAUAUCCAUGGGAAAUAAUAUAAGGAAUACGUAUGAAUGCGUUUAUAACAUGCGGCAAGUUCGUCAAGCUGGUAUUCACUGCGGAAUAAAUGAGGUACUGUUACCUGGCAACUGUGGGUCCACAAUAUAUGAUGUUUUCUCUGAUGAAGUCAUUCCGUUGCCUCAAUCGAUCAAAACCGCCACGCGACUAUCCAUUCCAGGAUUUCAGCUCUUCAACAUUGAAAUCGGCAAAGCUGGUGCCUUCAGUCUUGCUUGCUUCUGCCUUGACCAACGUGGGCACGAAACUUCCAGAGUUGUUUUUAAGAAAACAGAGAGUCUGCGUUACACUUUCAAAACACGUCGCGUGGAUACGGCUCUUAAUCGAACGCGAAUCCGGUAUAUGUUAUUAAAGACCACCGAUCUGUUGCUUGAAGAAUCCACACCAACAAAAUUGAUUAUGGCACAUAAAGCGCUGAAAAAGUCGAUUACAUUGGCUGUUGGUAAACGGUUGAUACUAGAGUGUAAAUUUGGUUUUCAUGACAUAGAAGCCUAUCACGGUGCAAUGCAAAUUGAGGAGGGGUGGCCAUUAACGAAAUGGUGGCCAAAUCAACCAGACAUAUUCUAUUAUGCCGUAACCCAUACAAAACAUGGUGAUCAGCUUAUUCGUAAGAAAUAUGAAAAUGAAAUUAUUACCACUCCGGGUGAUUUUAAACUCAUUUAUAGAGACCUAUUAAGAACAGAGCGAUAUCAAAGUUUGAUAAUCGAAGCUCAUAAAGACUCCCUGAUUAUAUCGAAGGAUCCAAUGCAUAAGUACAUUGUACCCUUGACAUUUGUCUGCGGCAAAGAGCUUGAACCAGCGGAUGCGGCAAUCAUCGACGGUGAGGUCCCUGCAUCUACAACUACCCAUGUCCUACGGUCCUCCAAAGUAUUUACGUGGCAUUUAGUUGAAGUUAACUUAGAGGCUACGGACCCCUACAUGCAAGGCUGCGGAGUCACAUAUGCGUCCGCUGGAUUGUUCAAGCCUGAGACACCCAAACUCUACAAUGCGGAAGGGCAAGAAAUUGGUUGCAAGAUAGAUAUUAAUACUGCCGGUGAGGCGGCAUUCUACUGCCCAGCUCCUUACGUUUUGGACCCACCCGGUUGCUUCGACCAGGUCUCCGUGAACGGUAGAGUGCAUGACCUAAGAGUAAUCAGCCGAUCAUUGCUCACGAUGUGUUCCGACCACUUCGUCACAGUGAAGUUCGACGGUGCUCGUAUAGGACCUGGGGAUAUUAUGUGGCAAAAACCGCUAUUGGAGUGUCGCUGCGUCACUACCAAGGGUAUCGUUCUCUCCACUAUACAGCUCGAGCACUACUACGCCGAGUAA